CUCGUACGAAGUAGUGCGGACCCAGGUGUGCUGGCAGUCCAUUUGGUAUGUCUCAGCUGCGCCUUCCCUGUUGAUUUUGGUGCCCCACCUUCCAGGGCCAUGACCCCGCGUCAUCACCGCCUUUGGGCUCAACGCGCAACACCCGCGAGACCUUUGAGAUCUGGGACUCGCACGACUAGCUAGCCUCUCAAUCCUCCAGGAUGUCCCGUCGGGAUGAUGACCUGGCGUACGGUGACUAUCACGGUCAGCGGGAGGGUGAGGAAGGAGACCGGGGCUUGAUCGGAGACAUGGGGCGGCGCUUCUUUGGAGGCAGGCAAGAGAAUUCGCAACCUCAGCAAAGCUCGUCCAACUCUGGCGGCAUGUCCUUCAUCUUUGACAGGAUCCACCAGGAGGUCCACAAGAUCAGCGCCGACAUUAAAGAUUCCUUCAAUGCAAAGAACGAUGCGCCCGCUCAGGCACAGCAGCAAGGCGAACCGCAGCCAGGACAAGAAUACCACAACCAGCAUCGGUUCAUGAGCUUUGCUCCUGAGCGCCAUGGCAACGACAUCAAGUGGUAUGUCGACGGUGCUUCGUACAUGCACGCUGUGUCAGUCGCAUUGGAACAAGCUCGCGAGUCGAUCUGGAUCUUGGACUGGUGGCUGUCCCCAGAGCUCUACCUCCGCCGCCCUCCAGCCAAGAACCAGCAGUACCGAGUCGACCGCCUGCUUCUGGCUGCCGCCGAACGCGGAGUUAAGGUCAACGUUAUAGUCUACAAAGAAGUCACCCAGGCUUUGACGCGUAAGUUUAAUCCAUUUGUGCCCGAUUAUCUGCAUUCCCUUCUGCCACACUCUACGGACCCUAUUACGAAAGGCCUUACACGGCUCGGUCUCGACGUUAUAUUCAAAUCUCUUGAAGAAGUGGAGAGGACAAAUCCGCUGAUCGCACCACCUAUUACAGUCUCUAGUGCACACACAAAGCAUCACUUGGAGGAGCUUCACCAGAACAUUGGUGUUUUCAGACAUCCUGACCAUACUCCCGACGCCUCGGUCCUCUCGGGUCAAUUCUUGAACACCAUGAAGAACAUGACUUUCUCGCCCGCGAAGCUUGCACAGUUGCCGCUGGACGGCCUUAAGAGCGUAUACGGUUCCACUGACGGUACGGUGUUAUACUGGGCUCAUCACGAGAAGCUUUGCUUGAUCGAUGGCGCAAUUGCAUUCAUGGGAGGAUUGGAUCUGUGCUACGGACGUUGGGAUACCAACUCUCAUCCAAUUGCAGAUGCCCAUCCUGGCAAUCUUGAUCGUGUUGUGUUCCCAGGACAGGAUUUCAACAAUGCUCGAAUGCUAGACUUCGCUAAUGUUGAUCAUUGGGAGGAGAACAAGCUCGAUAGGACCCAGAGCUCUCGCAUGGGAUGGUCUGAUGUAGCCCUCAACUUGCGCGGACCUGUAGUCCAGGAUCUCCGCACACACUUUACACAGCGCUGGAACUUCAUUUACGACGAAAAGUACUCCCACAAGUCGACCAGGUACCUGAGGCUCCCAGAUACCAAAAGCGGUGCUCAAGAAGGUGGUGAGCAACAACCUCAGCAGCGCGGAUACGAUGAAAACGAGGAGAGCUCUCGAGGAUUCGGCGGCGAUGGCGAGGAGGGUGAGCGAGGCCUACUUGGCCACGGCGGGUUUCGCCAGAAGAUGUACGAACGUGUCAACCAAGGAUACCAGCAGUACUACGGCGGCCAUGAGCAGCAGCAGCAGCAAUAUCAACAAGAACAGUCGCACGCUGAACAUGGAGCUCAGCGGGCCAAUGUGGAUGCCCAGAUUACUCGUUCGUCUACGAAAUGGAGCCACAACAUCACAACCGAGCACUCGAUCCAAAAUGCCUACGUCGAGACCAUUAGGGAUAGUCAGCACUUUGUCUACAUCGAGAACCAGUUCUUCAUCACAGCUACUGGAGAUCAGCAGCGUCCGAUCAAGAACCAGGUUGGUGCGGCUAUUGUUGAGCGUAUUGUCCGUGCUGCUCGCAAUGGCGAGAAGUACAAGAUGAUUAUUGUGAUUCCAGCCGUGCCGGCUUUUGCUGGUGACCUUAAGCUCGACGAAGCCCUGGGCACGCGAGCUAUCAUGGAGUUCCAAUACGAUUCCAUCAACCGUGGCGGGCACUCAAUUUACGAGGAGAUUGCGAAGGCUGGCUUCAACCCAAUGGACUACAUCAGGUUCUACAACCUCCGCAGCUACGACCGCAUCAACGCCAGCAAGGUCAUGCAGGACGCCGAGCAGCGCUCUGGUGUCUCAUACGGACAAGCUAGUGAAGGCUACGACGCGGCUAACGAAGGCUCGCGUUCGCGUGAGGCGUAUGAGAUGGAUGCCGGCUACGACGGCGGUGUUCCAAACGACGGAAGGCAGUCUGACUACAACCGGUACCAGCAGGAAGCCCAGCAGCUCGGUGGUCGUCAAGGUCUUGGAGACGGCCGCUGGGAUUCAGUCUGCGAGUGCUACAUGCUCAACGGCGAGGACAUCCGCAACGUCCCAUGGGAGGGCGGCGCAGUCGACGAGAUGGACGCAUUCGUCAGCGAGGAACUCUACAUCCACACCAAGCUCCUCAUCGCCGACGACACCACCGUCAUCUGCGGCUCCGCCAACCUGAACGACCGCUCGCAGCUUGGCGACCACGACUCGGAAAUCGCCAUCAUCAUCCGCGACCCCGACAUGAUCGACUCCACCAUGGACGGCCAGCCCUACCAGGUCUCCCGCUUCGCGGCCUCGCUGCGCCGCGAGAUCUUCCGCAAGCACCUCGGCCUGCUCAAGCACCAGCCCGUCGACGGCGUCGACGACAACUGGCAGCCUGUCACCGUCCCGCAGGUCUAUGACUGGGGCUCCGACAUGGACCGCCAGGUGGCCGACCCCGUGAGCGACGAGUUCCAGGGCCUGUGGAACUGGCGCGCCAACACCAACACGCAGGCGUUCGGCAAGGUCUUCCACCCGGUGCCCUCGGACGAGGUGCGCAACUGGAAGCAGUACGACGACUUCUACUCGCGCUUCUUCGGGCAGAGCGAGCAGGACAAGGAGAACAAGAAACCUAGUCUGUACAAGUGGGGUCACGUCGUGGCGGAGAACUUCAGCCAGGGCGAGCAGGGCGUGCAGGAGGUCAAGGAGGUGCUGAGCACCAUCCGCGGAACGCUGGUCGAGAUGCCGCUGCUGUUCCUCAAGGAGGAGGAUAUUGCCAAGGAGGGCGUGGGGCUGAACGCGUUGACCGAGGAGAUUUACACGUAG